AGUUCAGAUGGACGCCAUGUUUUCGCUUGUCUGUUUUACUCUGCUGGCUGCGGCAAAUGCAGGUAAUCACUUUGACCAAUUGUUUGGAUCAUGGCGUGGAUAUUAAAUUAUCUCCCCAUAUGCCCCGUUUGGUAACCUCUAUAGUAUCACAUUGUCACCAACCAAGACCAUUGCUGUUUUUAUGUUAACAUGACAAGGAUUAAAAGACAUUUAUAAAUAACUGACCAGAUUAAUAUUUUUUACUUCAACACAGUGUAAUGAAAAACUUUAAAAAUGGAAGAGGCGGAACUUCUAAACAAAUGACAAUGUCUGAUACUUUCAUUCUACAUCUUGCGCUAUUUUCAGCCCUUAGAAAUUGUUACGGUGAUGUUGCAAAUCUUACGCCAACUGGGAAACUUUUCGGAGGUAAGCUCUACAGUGGGCCAAACUUAAACUCCUUAUUCAGAUUAUUCUAACUCUUACUAAUCUGCUUUAUUGACAAUUUCAAAUAUACUUAAAGUAAAAUUUUAAAUUGUAUGUUUAAAAUAUAAUAAAAGCACAAAUGAUUUUAAAACUAAAACAGUUUUUCUUCUCAAAGAACAGGUCUAACAGAAUCUUACUCUUUUGUGGAACAUGAUCUGCCAGCCCUGGUCGCUCAUAGGAACUGUUACGAUGCAUCAGCUGACACCAACUGUGAGUUGACAUUCAAAUAGACGUUCAAUUAGGCGCAAGGCAUUUUUAUUCUUUAAUGUUGACUUAACCUUUCGUGCUUCAAAAAGUAAUGAUUAUCAUUAAUAUUACCAUUCAGCUAGAUACAUGUAUUUACAAUUCUUUUUUCUAUGCUUUACUUUCAUUUCUAUUUGAUACCCAUCUGAAGUUAAAUAUUAAAAUAGAUUUAAAUAAUUUAUAAAUCAUUUUAGAAUUUUAACCGAGCGGCUUAAAUUGAGUCAAUUCCAAACUUUUUGGACUUGCCAACAGUACGCUGGGUAGAUGGGGGUCGUUCAUUAGAAUGACAACUCAUCUAAAAGAAGGAAAACUCUGAAAUCAAACCCCGGAGAUGAGUCUUGAAAGCGGUGUAACAUUGACACAACAAUAAUUCCGUAACUCCUGAGAUGUUACUUUAUUUAACCAGGAGGUUUCAUGCACACCUGAUGUUCCCUAGUUUAUCUAGUUACGGGGACAGGAGAUUUGAGGUCAAGAGAACAAGCUUUUCCCCAAAAAAUAUAAUCUGUGCAGAAAUGUCAACUAUUUAUAAAAUAAUUAUAUUCAUUUGAUUAAAAUUAAGUAAAUUAGUACUAGCAAAAACUUCAAAGAUGUUCCAAAAUAGUUUUGGGCAUCCAUCCGUCAUAAUGCGACAUGUGUGCACAGAUUAUUGAAACUCGUCAAAUAGAUAUUGACAAUAUUUUUAUUUAUUAACUUUAAAAAAGCUAAUUUCAUUUUAAAAUAUUUAAAUAGGUACAUUUUUUUAUUUUCCCAUCAGGCAUUGAAGCUUCGGUCAUUGCUGCCCUGGCCAGCAGAGAAAGUCAAGGAGGAGCUUCUUUAAUCAAUGGCUACAGCGAAAACGGAAGAUUAUGGGGGAUUUUACAAGUGACAGGCCAUUUUAAUUAUCAUACCUUUUUAUUAGUCCUAAAUCAAAUUACAUAAUGUUUAUUUAAUUAAUGUAGUAUUUAGUAAAUUGUUUUAAUUCAGACCUUUUUAAAAAUACCUUAGGUCUGUUGAUUCUCAUUCCAUUUUGCUUUAAGCUGUACAUUUAAAUUUUAUUCAAGUAAAUUUAGCAUUAACAAAUUAAUGACUGUAAUAAAUAUGAAAAAAGCUCCUAACCCUUACGUGCAAAAUAAAAUAAUAAGCUUUGUUUCCCUCCUUUUGAAAUUAAGUUUAUAUAAGUAUAUUUCGGCUUUUUCAAUUUUUAUUUUAAAAUGCACGAAACAUUAUCUCCGUUUGUUUCCUGUACCAAUACAUUUUUCAAUUAAUAAGAUUAAAUAUAAUUAUCAUCUUCGACAUUUUAAAGUUUAAGUGUCCUUGUGUUUCGUUUAUCAUAUAAAGUGGAUGCUGAGUACUUAGCUCAUAAUGAAACGGUUAAUUCUGAUUUAGGUUUUCACAUACUUGAAAUAACACAACUGAAAUAUAUUAAAGUUUUCCAAAUUCUGUUAAUUAUGAUGUUUUUUUUUACUAUCUUCUUGUCAUUUAUACUUAUCAGUGUGAUGUCCACUCUGGUCUGCCGUGUACGUCCGUACAAUGGAACAGUUGUGCUCAUAUCGAGAUGAUGGUCAGCAGAAUUCUAAUACCUGCAAUUUACAAUGUAAGAGGGACAAAAACAAACAUGAAAAUAGAAAUAGUUUUAUCACAGCCGAUGUCAUAUAUUGUUAGAUUUCAAGCUUUUGAAUCAUGAAUACAUUUCAUUCGCUAACCCACCUUGUCAAAACCACCAUUCAUUGAAACUAUACUUAGCGCAUCAGCUUUUAUUUGAUACAGUUUUCUAAUUCAAUACAUUUGUUCACAAUAGUCAUUUUGAGUACUUGAAAGCCAGGAUUUGUUCACAAUAGUCAUUUUGAGUACUUGAAAGCCAGUAUUUGUUCACAAUAGUCAUUUUGAGUACUUGAAAGCCAGUAUUUGUUCACAAUAGUCAUUUUGAGUACUUGAAAGCCAGGAUUUGUUCACAAUAGUCAUUUUGAGUACUUGAAAGCCAGUAUUUGUUCACAAUAGUCAUUUUGAGUACUUGAAAGCCAGGAUUUGUUCACAAUAGUCAUUUUGAGUACUUGAAAGCCAGUAUUUGUUCAGGUAAGGUGCUCCAGUAUUAUUUUACGCUUUAUUUCAUUGCUAUAAAACUAUAAAAGUUAUUUUAUGUUUUACAGAUAUAUGCAAAACAUACAACAUGGACUCUAGACCAAGCUCUCCAAGGUAUUUUUACUAGUAUUAUUAUUUACGAGCAUACUUUAAGAUCCUUUGCUUGUAUUUUUUUUUUUAAAUCCUGUUAGAGGAAAUUUUGUAAGGAAUAUCACUGUAGCUGCUGAAUAAAUAUCUUCUAUUGUUUCUUUGUCGACAUCAUACAAAAAUAUGCAUUCAUAUGUAUAAAGAGAAACUCGUAUAAAUAUAGUAAAAAUGGAUGAACUCUAAAUCCAACAGGUGGUGUAGCUGCUUAUGAUGUCGGGAUCAACCUCGUCCAGAACUGGCUAACUGUUGACGCCAACACUACUGGGCAUGAUUACAGCAAUGACGUCAUUGCCAGGGCUAAGUGGCUAAAAGCUCACGGUUGGAACUGAAUGAUGUAAAUCAUUAUUUCCAUUGUCCAUAUCUUCAUUAUAAGAGACUACAAAUAAAUGAUACCCUUAAAUAA